AAAAAGAACCGGAAAAGGCGUUGACGCAGUCGGUUGUUGUCAGUGGCGCUGCCGGAAGUCCCACAGCGAGCAGAGACGCCACAAAGCCCGAAGACCGACCGCGGAGCACCGACGCUUUCACGGACUCUGGCUGCUGCUGUGUGGAAGUUGCCGCUUUGUGCGAUUUUGUGCGUCUGAGGCGUCCCUGUUGAGCGUGUGUGUGUGCGACUUGGUGCGUGUAGCGCCGUUCUGCAGCGUGCGCGAUGUCUUCAGAGCUGCUGGUGGAUUUCGGAGAUGACCCUGCGACUGCACAGCUCGGACAGCUGAAGCUGGCCACGAUAGAGGACCAGCAGUGGCCCACCGAUGAGUCGACUCUCAGCAAGUCAGAGACGGACCUGUCCCAGCGCUUUGACAGUGGCUCUCCCCACCUGCCCUGGGACCAUCCCUUCUAUGACAUCGCCCGGCAUCAGAUCAUUGAAGUGGCAGGUGAUGAUAACUUUGGCAGGAAGGUGAUAGUGUUUAACGCCUGCAGGAUGCCCCCACAGCAUCAGCUGGACCAUCACAAGCUGCUGAUGUAUCUCAAAGGAACACUGGACCAGUACGUGGAAAGUGACUACACUCUGAUCUAUUUCCAUCAUGGGCUGACCAGUGAAAACAAACCGUCUCUCAGCUGGCUACGAGAUGCGUACAGGGAGUUUGACAGAAAGUACAAGAAGAACAUCAAGGCUCUGUACAUUGUCCAUCCCACCAUGUUCAUCAAGACUCUGCUGAUCCUCUUCAAACCUCUCAUCAGUUUUAAGUUUGGCAGGAAGAUCAACUACGUGAGCUAUCUGAGCGAGCUGGAGGACGUGGUGAAGUGUGAGCAGCUGCUCAUUCCAGCACGCGUCAAAGAGUACGACAACAAGCUGAGAGCGUCUCUGAAGCCGAGCGCUCAGCCUCCCAUGUCCCCUCCUCGCAGCCCUCCGCUCCCCAACCAGGUGUUUGGGGUGCCACUUGCAUUGCUCAGACAGAAUAGUCCAGACGGUGAUUCAAUUCCUGUGGUGAUGAGAGACACAAUAGGUUUUCUAUCAGAGCAAGGUUUGGAGAUCGAGGGGAUCUUCAGACGGUCGGCCAACGUCACUCUGGUGAAGGAGGUCCAGCUCAAAUACAACUCAGGUGCGCUGGUGAAUUUCAGAGAGAUUGAAGACGUCCACUUGGCUGCUGUGAUUCUGAAAACGUUCCUGAGGGAGCUGCCCGAGCCCCUGCUGACCUACCAGCUCUACAACGACAUUGUCAACUUUGCCACUGUGCCCAGUGACAACCAGGUGACGGCUCUGAAGACGCUGGUCGAGUCCCUGCCAGAGGAAAACCACACGUCGCUGCGAUACCUCAUCACGUUCCUAGCACAGGUGUCAGCCAACAGCGAGGUGAAUAAGAUGACCAACAGCAACCUGGCUGUGGUGUUCGGUCCCAACCUGCUCUGGGGGCGGGACAACGCCAUGUCACUGAGCGCCAUCGGGCCGAUCAACAACUUCACCAGAACCCUGCUGGACCAACAGCAUCUGAUCUUCACCUAAACCAGCACACCACUGGGACCCGCCUUCUCAUACAGCAUUUAGUCGGACCAAUCAGCAGCUUCAUCAGGGUACUUCCCCCAUCAGCAGCACUUAGAUACAAAAACCACUUCAUCUGCUUUUCAAUUAAAAUACCAUCAAAUACUUUCAUAAUAUCCUGCAAUAGCCUUCAUUUAGUCUCUGACUGUUCUUCCCAGUCUGAUUGGCCCAUUUGCAGUCAUGUGGCCGUGUCAAGCUUGUGAUGCCAUUUCCAUGAGCCUCCCUGCAUGAGUGGCUGGAAAUGGAACACGCAUUAGACCAGCCAAUCAGAUGGGGCCUGUUUGACUGACAGAGACGACAACUGACACAGUGGCUUUCCAGUGAUUUUACUGUUGCACUUACUUAAAGUCUCACAGGUCAUGGCAGCAGAGGCCAUGAUGUCCUGGAUACGAAUCCCUUCCACCAAUCUCCAAACCACCGCAUCCAUGUUGUACAUUUCCCAGAAUGCAGCUUAUUGAAAUCUCUUAUCAGCCCCUGUCUAGUAAACCUGCACUUUGAAACCACAGUAUUCCCCCAGUUCACAACACAGACUUUCCGUUAUAAAUCUGAUUAUGAAGCACUGAGAUAACCCCGAAGAGUACACGGCCCUGACACUCUGUCGUCUCAAACAUUCACAGACAGGUUCACACACGUUUUCCAACCUGCUGGGAAUGUUUGAACGGUGUUUUCAUUAUGGACCAAACAACACAAUAGUUUGUGUGUUAUUAGUUAAAUUAGAUUGUAAUGUGUUCAGACAUUUUCCUGUCGCGAUAUUACAUAUUCCUGAAUCUACCACCUCCUCCUCACCCCCAACCCACCCUUCAGAACCCCCACUACUAAAUACUAAUGCAUGUGUUUGUACCUGUUUUCAUGUGUUUCUCAGGCCCGACCUGAACCCAGUGUGGCUCGUCCUCUUUUAUCUCUGUAGGGAGAUUACUAGCGACUGGACUUAGACCUCCUCAGUCUCUGUGUAUAUGUGCUGUGCUGUGUUGUGCUGUCAAUCUUCCUGCCUGCUCCUUUCUAACAAAACAAAAAAAAAUGGCCUCCAGCUUCACAGAAAGACACAGAGAGCCGGGUGGUAAUAUAUAUAAAUAAUGAUAAUGAGAGAAUGCAGGUUUUGAACCUUUUAUGAUCCCAGAGUGAAGAGAGGAGCGAGUCUCAGGUUAACUUCUAACUCGGUGAACUUGGUACCAAACGUUGUGUGUGGACAAUCUAUGAAACGCUGUAAUGAAGUGGAGCAGAGUGUUCAAGCUCAAACCCAGAUUUGUGGACGUAGUUUGGGUGUCAGAGGACUCACUGCUGUUCUGUUCUAUAUCCUGCUUCUUCAUAGCUCUUUCCUUACUAUAUUUGAUUCAGUAUUAAUAAGAAGAUCUUUGACUUUCCCGCUGCCGCAACAUAACACUGACUUAACUCGUCGUAGCUCGUCACAGGAGCUGUUUUGUGUUUUAAUGGUACUGGAUAAACAGCUGACACAUCUCCACAGAAUGAAAUUCAACAUUCAGUAGCACAAACACAGAAAGUACAGGACCUUCAUUUACCUCAAGUGGCAGAAAGAACCAGUUCUUUACUUUCCAGUUAACGACAAAACAACACCUCCACUUCGAUGUGUUGUUUAAAUACACAAACACAUUUCCUCACCACUUACUCCACUAAUGCUCGUUUUUCUUAAGUUAAAUUAGCAAUUUUUCACAGUCAAAAGUAUUUUCUAUAUUAUUGCCUUCAAGUGUGGCAACUUUGCAGGAGGAACUGAGGUACAUUGUGUAGGUCAGUGAAGAGCAGGGUAUGAACACAAUUCAUCACAAAAUGGAGCGACACAAAGUUUUUUGAUAAUUGAGACAGAUAAUAUUUAGUCCUUUAAAACUCUUUAUCUAGGGCAGCUCUUCCCCUUCUGUACCAUCCUAUCAUGUAGCAUUCAGUGCAGAUGUAACCAGGGAUUUGUGGGUAUUGAAGUCUAAAGCAUUUUAAAGUAUGACACGUUAGUAGUCUCCAGGAGCUGCUGCGUGUCUGAUACGGGCUCAUGCACCUGAUACACUGACAGUGGUCGUGUGUGAGUUAUUGUCGUUAGUUGUCUUUUAUUCUGGCUGCCAUCUUAAGUCGUGCUGCAUCGCCGCUGUGCAUUCUGGAUCUUUUUAGUCCCUUCAUAUAGCUGAGGAAAAUAUUUCCCAUGAGGGAAGUCGCUGGUGGGAGUUGUGAGGUAUUUUUGCUCUGUAUUUGCCUUAUGUUGUGGUUGAUGGUGCACAGCUGAUGUAUGAUGGUAUGUGGGCAUGUGCUCUCUCUUCAAAACAAUAUCAAUAAUAAUCACAAGAUAACUUUGAUCAAUAGCAAUGUAACAAAUCAAUAUAGUUGUUAUGCCUUGUGCCAAGCAGCUCCUUAAGAAGAGACAACCUUGACUCAGGAGCAAAAAUCUGUCUUUUAUCCAAGUAAUACAAUAAUGUGGCAUUUAUUUGAUUGGAACACUAAUAUUGCUCUACUUGCCAGUCGUCAUUUAAAGAGGAAUUCCAGUAAUUUCGAACCUGGGCCCCCAUGUUUGUAAAUGUAUGUAAUGUGUGUAAAUGAAAGGUACUUACAAAAAGCUUUGGGGAAACUGCGACAGUCGACAGAAUCGCCACUAAGAGUCUUUGCUAAGAGUCUGGUCCUCUUCUGCUCUCUCUCUCCUCGUUUGUGCUUCAAUUUGUAGGAACUCUUCUUCCGUUUCUUCUGGUUUAAACAAGUUGGGAAGAUUGUUGAAGUCAGAGGCUUCAUUGACGUUGUCCACGUCCGAAAAGGAUUCCGCUUCUCUCAGUAAAAUCCAAACUCCUCUCAACCUAAGUGAGACUUCUCAUUGCUGUUGCCGGACUCGUAGCAAAGACCCCAAAAUAAUAAUUAGUAAUUUGUCUCCACCAUAUCUAAGAGAGACACGCCUGGUUGUACUCUGAGGUGCAUCAUCAAGCUUUAUACUUACUCGUCAUUCCGUUUCCAAAGCCUUAAUUUCAAGACCAUUUCCCGCCGCCUGUCUCCAAAGUGAGCUCAUCCAAAGCUUUGCAUUCUGUGUCAAAUUCAAACAAUUAUUCAGGUUUGAGGAGCUCGGUGUACUUUGUUGUUGAGGAGUGAGUGUGUUUAUAUAUAUAUAUAUAUAUAUA